AUGCAGCCGUCGCAGAUCAGAGCCGCCGGUUUCGGCACAAAGUUCGAGGGCCACCACGGCAUGCAGCCCUGGGUCAGCCUUCCCAACUACAAGGCCUACCAGAGCAAAUACGGGCCCAACUACAAGAUUGGCGCCAACUUCCACGGCAUCGACCUCCACCGCGCCAGAAUCUUCGGUACCACCGCUGCUGGCUUCGGUGCCGUUGCCGGUAUCUUCGCCCUCUUCUUCUUCGCCGACAUCCCCCGUGUACGAAAGGACAUCAUGCAGAAGAUUCCCUUCAUUGGCAACCACUUCGUCAAGGAGAUUGCCCCCGAGGACAACCCCUUCUAA